AUGUUAAACAGCAAAAUAACAACCAUUUAUACUGUUGGUGAUCUGACUGCUUCAAGUUUAGCGCAUGAUCGCUCCGCAAGAAUGGACGUCGGCAAAGAAACUGGAUUGAGUGAAUCAUGGGAUUUGAAUGUGACUCCGAAUCCUUCCAAAACCGAACAACAAACAAGUACUCCAAUAAGCUAUGGUGGGCCGCUAACUCUGAUCCUGUUUGGUGGCGAAGCGGCCACGGAAUAUGGGUGCAUCACGCAGUCAUCUCAGAAAAUCGGUAUUUGUGCAUUCAGAAGCGACUCUCCAGAAGUGCCUUCAUUUUUCAAGUUUGUUUAUUUGUCCGCCAUUCAUUCGAACUACAGGAAUUUAAUCCUCAACAUGGUGUCGAUCCGACCAUAA